AUGGGGACGGCGGCGGCGACGGAGGAGAGAGCGUCUGCCUCCGCGGUUGCGGCGGAGGGGGCAGCGGUGACGAAGGUGGGGACCUCUGCCCCGGAGGUCCCGGCUGAGGUGGCAUUGGCGGCGGAGGCGGAAGUGCCCGCUCGAGGGGCUCCGGCAGGAGCGGAGGAGCCUCCCUCGGUGGUUGCGGUGGAGGGCGAGGUAGCCGCGAGGAUACCUGUUCCAUCGCCUGCGUCGGAGGCGGUGACGCCGUCGAGCGACCCCGCGGCGGCCCCGAAGGCAACAGGUGCGCAGGCGCCGGGGCCGUCGGUGAACCCGACGGCUUCCGGGAUGGUGGAGUCUGCUUCGACAGCGGCGCCAGGAGCGGCUCCCGCCUCGGCCUUGGCCGCUACCGUUCCCAGGGCGUGGAGAGGGUCUGUCCUGCGUUGGACGUCCCGUGAGGACCCGCCGAGGCACCUCUUCACCCUGGAUGACGCCGCGGAGUGGCGCUAG